AGAACUAGUAUUUGACAUGUUUGAUAGAUAACAAUUUCGAUGUGUCACUAUCUCAUUUUAAGUUAUGCUGUCAUUCGAAAUAAUACUUAUAUAGUGUAUCUAAGUUAACGGAACAUCAGUAGCCUUGCUAGGUACUUCAUAGAAGACAUAAGUUAUGGAGGAAACAGUUAUUCGGAAUAGAAAACAAUGUUAUGAACACUUAACAUCUCAAAGGUUUUUAUCAAAUGAUAAAUCAACGUUAACCAAGAUAGGUAAACCAGAUGAGCUUCACUCCAUGCCCUUACGCGAUAGAUGUAACUCUACAACCUCAUCCAGUGAAGUGGACAGCGGUGUCGAUGAUGUCAGGCCGAAUAGAUCCCCGAAGAGGAGUCUGUCGGAGUAUGCAAGAAAACGAAAGAGACAUUUAGUCAGAAGAAAUUCCGCUCCAGAGAAAAACAGCACUUUUUCAGAUUUUCUCUCUAGUUCUCGCCGUAUGGUUACAAGCGCAGAAGAUUUUGUGAAACAUGUCAUUGAAGCUGGUUGGAAUCUUGUCCAUCACCAUCAUCUCCCAGACUGGUUACAAGACAAUGAAUAUCUAGUGUUUGGUCAUAGACUACCGUUAAAUUCAUUCAAAGCAUGCUUUAGAUCUGUAUUUCGAAUUCAUACAGAAACUGGAAACAUUUGGACACAUCUACUAGGUAUGAUUGCCUUCAUAAGCAUAGCAGCAUACACUCUCAGCAGUCGUUACAUAGACUGGAUGUGGCAGGACAUCACAGUGCAUAGCGUAUUUUUCGGCGGUGCCAUAUUAUGCCUCACCUUCUCCUGGGUAUUUCAUACAGUGUUCUGUCACUCUGAAAAUGUUAACAAAUUGUUUAGCAAACUGGAUUACUGUGGUAUUGCACUUCUUACAGUUGGGUCAUUCGUACCGUUUCUCUAUUAUUCAUUCUUUUGUCAUUUUGUGGCACACAUGGUUUAUCUGGUUUCCAUCAUUAUCCUCGGUACCAGCUGCAUCAUAGUUUCCUUGUUUGACAAAUUUGCUACACCAGCAUAUAGACCACUUCGUGCAGGUUUGUUUAUUGCCCUUGGCUUGACAGGAGUGAUACCAACAAUACAUCUAUUCACAAUAGUGGGUAUAUAUCCGGCAAUGUAUGAGUAUGGUGUAUUGCAUCUUCUUACAAUGGCAUUCCUUUAUAUUGGAGGGGCCUUAAUGUACGCAUUCAGGGUUCCAGAAAGCCUCUAUCCCGGCAAGUUUGAUAUCUGGUUCCAAAGCCACCAGAUAUUCCAUGUCUGUGUAAUUGUAGCAGCUCUAGUUCACUUCAGAGGAAUACAAAUCCUUUCUCAUACAAGGCAUAAUUUAACCGAAUGUGCUGCUUAAAAUUGUUGUGUUUAAGCGGAACAGCUACAGUUUACUUUGGAGGAAUGCGCAUCAUUUCCCGUACAAGGCAUAAUUUUACAGAGUGAUCUGCAUAAUAUUGUUCUUUUUUCAACUGAACAACAGCAGUUCACAUUGCAGGAAUGCAUAUCAUUUCAGCAUAACGUGUGAUUACUGCAACUCUAUUGCAUUCCCAUACAAAUCAUUUCUUGUAAGAGUCGUACACUUAGUGAAUGUACCGCUCAAAGCUGAAACUAUAAUCGGAGCAGAUAUUGUUCACUUCAGCAAAAUACCAGAAUACCAUUUCGUACAAUGUUUAGUGUUACUUUAUAUGCGGCUCAAUGCUAAUUGUUUGAUCGCAAUAGUUUUGGGAUAUUUUAGAAGACUAAAAUGAAACCUUCGGGACAAAACAUAGUAUGGCAAGUUCAUUUGAGUUAUACAGAUACACAAGCAAAAAUCACUUUGAGUUGAUUUCGCGAGUUGUGCUCUACUUCUGUUUGACAGUGAGUGUGUGUGUUAUUGUUUUAAUUUUUUUGUAAAGUGUCUCUAGAUUAUAUUUACAAAUGAGACGUAUUUAAUACUCAAACAUUAAGGGGUGGGGGGGGGGGGGGAAGAAGAAGUUAAUUUCAAUUCUUUACUUAAACUUAUCUCAUUUUAUUUGAAGGCUGUUGUCCUCAAUAGAUAUUUUGAAAUGACGCCGUGGAUUACUUUUAAUGUGGCGACUUUCCAACCUUGGAGCAUUUAAACACGAUGAUAGCUUUAUCUAUCAUGUAAUAAGCAAAAACAACAUUAAAUGCAUCGCAUUGAUAGAAUAUUGUUAGCUUUGAUUUUAAUACUGUGUUUGCAAAUAAUUCAACUUGGACCAAGGUAAUAAGUACAACAUGUUCCUGUUAUGAUUUAAUAAAGAAAACGUAAUUAAAAUAUACUUGAUAUUCCUUUAGCUUCAACAGACCACCACCAAAGACAAACGUUGUAUUACCAUUUUCUUGGAAUGUUUAGAAUAUGUAGACUAGCUCAUCAACUAUUUUCAUUUAUAUGCAAUUUAAUAAAAAUGUGACAUUAUAAGCAGUAA